UACGUUCUCAAAUAUAGUUUCCAAAUAAAAUUAGAAAAGUAAGAACAGAACAGACAAGGAAGAAGAAAAUUCAAAGCUCAUUUCUCACACAGACCACAAAUCAAGUCUUUUACUUAUCUAAGUCUUCUACUAACGACGAAUAAUUGCAAUCAUAAUACUAUCAUAGCUUCAAAAUAAUCAUCAACCAAACACAAUUUCCCUCUCUUCCUAUGGCAACUCAACACUCUAUCAUUUUACUUACUUUUCUUCUUCAAUUCUCAUCACUACAAUUUCCCUCACUCGGAUUAUACAAUCAACAAAAAACAUACUUCAUCAACUGCGGAUCAGAUACCGACUUUACACAAAAUAGCAAUCUUUAUAUUGGUGAAUCAAAUCCUUCUUACCCUAAAAAAAUGUUCAGCAAAAGCUAUAAAGAAACAAGUCAAUCUUCAGUGCCUUCAACUCUCUACCAAACAGCAAGAAUAUUCUAUUCCAAAUCUUCCUAUGAAUUCAAAUUCAAUACCAUCCCAAACAACACCUACAUGGUACGUUUCCAUUUCUUUUCAUUCUCUUCACUAACUAAUCUUUCCACCGCUAAAUUCAACGUUUCCGUUCCCGGUUUCUCUCUCUUACAAAAUUUCAACGCCAAAAACACCACCAAUACUCUUUUAAUAAAAGAGUAUUUCGUCACAAUCAUAACAAAAAAAUUCAAAAUCACUUUCACACCUCAAACCUCAUCAUUCGCGUUUGUUAACGCAAUAGAACUCUUCAUGCUCCCUACUCAUUUUAUCCCCGAUUCUAUCUACCGUUUCAACCACAUCAACUCUACUGGCAAAAACUUAACUACUUACGGUGGUGGCUUGCUCUCACGAGCUUUGGAAACCAAACACCGUCUUAAUGUUGGUGGCGAAAAUGUCACUAGAUCAACCGAUAACUUAUCCAGAGAGUGGUUACUGGAUAACAGUUACAUAACUAAUCCACAAAACGCUCAUGGUAAUUCUGAGGCAGUUUCAAUUCCAUACACAGAAGAAUAUGAUAGUCUGAUUUCAAAUAAAUAUUUGGCUCCAAAUCUUGUUUAUCAAACUGCCAGAGAGACUAAAAACGGUUCUAACGGUUUAAACAUAAGUUGGAGUGUUCCUGUGGAGAAGAAUAUUGAUCAUUUUCUUAGGCUUCACUUUUGUGACUUUUCAAAUCUACAGCCUGGUCUUACAACUUUCUAUCUCUACAUAUAUGACAGUUUUGUUCAAUUUGUAAAUCAUGAUACAAAACUGUUGUCUCAGUUGCAUAAACCUUAUUAUUAUGAUUUUGUGGUUCGAUCCGAUGGCUCUGGGCUAUUGAAGGUUACUGUAACACCUAAUAAGACAGAUUAUAAACCAAACGCGUUUUUAAACGGGAUAGAACUAAUGAGAGUGAUUGAAUCAUCGGGUUUCGGUUCCUUAGAUGAAUCGGAUUCAAAUUCGAAGGUUAGUCUUCAAGUGUUGGUGGGUUCUGUUGUUGGAGGUUUAGUUUUGGUUUCAGUUGUGGUGGUUGUGUUUCUCUGGAUUUGUAAAAUAAGGAAACAAAUGCCUAUUGAGAAUUCCAAUUGGUUGCCGUUUCGAGGUGCCCCAGAAGGGAGUUCUCACGGCAGAUUAACUGAUCGGACAACACCUCAAGGCUCACCUCUACCUAACAUAAACCUUGGAUUGAAAAUCUCCUUGCUUGAUCUUCAACAUGCAACUGAGAAUUUUGAUGCGAAGUGGAUAAUUGGAAAGGGUGGUUUUGGAAUUGUUUAUAAGGGAGUUCUCAGGAAUGGAAUGAAUGUGGCAGUGAAAAGAAGUGAACCAGGAUCAGGUCAAGGACUUCCUGAAUUUCAAGCUGAGAUAAUGGUUUUGUCCAAGAUUCGUCACAGACACCUUGUUUCCUUAAUUGGGUAUUGUGAUGAAAGGUUUGAGAUGAUACUUGUUUAUGAGUACAUGGAAAAAGGGACACUUAGAGACAGUUUGUACAAUACAAAUUUGUCUAGUUUUUUGAGUUGGAAGCAAAGGCUUGAGAUUUGUAUUGGUGCUGCUAGAGGUCUUCAAUACCUUCACAAAGGAGCAACCGGUGGAAUCAUUCACCGCGAUGUGAAAUCUACAAACAUAUUGCUUGACGAGAAUCUUGUAGCUAAAGUUGCUGAUUUUGGUCUUUCAAGAACCGGUCCUCUUGAUCAGCAUUCUUAUGUCAGCACAGGAGUUAAAGGAACUUUCGGAUAUCUUGAUCCAGAGUACUUUAGAUCACAACAACUUACAGAGAAAUCUGAUGUUUAUUCAUUCGGCGUGGUUCUACUUGAAGUGUUGUGUGCACGACCAGCCAUUGAACAGUCUCUUCCAAGGGAACAAGUGAAUUUGGCUGAGUGGGGGCUUUUUUGUAAAGACAAAGGCUUGUUGGAUGAUAUUAUUGAUCGAUCCAUUAAGGGACAGAUUGAUCAAAACUCACUCAGAAAAUUUAGUGAGACAGUGGAAAAAUGCUUACAAGAUGAUGGUAGUGAUAGGCCUUCAAUGAGUGACGUGUUGUGGGACUUGGAAUAUUGUUUGCAGCUCCAGAGAGGUGCAAUACACAGAGAACCUCAUGAGGAUAGUUCCAGCAGUGCUUCAGUGUCAAUUCAAUUGACAAAUGUUCGCCGUUUUCCUUCGCUGUCUACACUGAGUGAAAUGGAAGACCUGUCUAUUGGGAGGGCUACCGAUGAAUCUGAUAGUGCACCGGAUGCUGUUUUCUCUCAGUUGAAAAUUGGUGAUGGUAGAUAGAAUUUCAUGUAAAGUCCUUCAAAGUAGAAUGAUUAACAUGCAAGUGUCUCAGGCGGAGGAUAUGCUUAAUAAAUAGGCAAGUGUCUCAAGCAGGAUGGAUAGAGAUGCUGCUAAAAGAACUGAAGAUCAUGGAACCUAAGAAAAUGAAGAUGUUUGUCCAUAACGAGUCAGCUAUUGACCUAGUUAUUCAUCCUAUGUGUCAUGGUUGUUGUAAAUACAGAGAGGAGGUAUCAUUAUCUCAAGGAUCAAGUAAAUAAAGGGAAGCUUGAACUUGAUCAUUGCAAGACAAAAUGGCAACUAGCUGAUAUACUCACCAAAUCUCUGAAGAAAGUCAGAUUCGAUGAGUUGAAAAAAAGCAUUGGGAUAAGAAGUCUCAAAAACAUGAAUUAGGGGGUGUGUUAGAAGUUGUAAUUCAUUUUUUUUAGAAAAUACUAUAUUAGACACGAGCGUGUUUGACCUAGUCGAAGUAGUAGAAAUCACUUGUAUUCAACGGAGCAAAUACAUCAUAUAGUUGGUAAGUUGAAAGACAAUUUAUAUGUUUUGGGAUAGGCUCUAUGUUAUGGGCUUGGGCCUUAGUUGCCUAUAAAUAAGUAUGUUGUUGUCAUUUCAAAAAUUGUUUUACAGUUUUAUAGAGCAACUUCACGAAAUAAACUUCCCUCUUUCUCAAUAUAGUUUCAUCUCUCUUUUUC